AUGGUCAACCGCGUCUCCAUUGCCUCUUCCUCCAGCUUUGUGGCGAUAAAGAAGAAACAGCAGGAUGUAGAUAGAUUUCUGGAAGCCGACAAGAUAGAAUGUGAAGGGUUAAAUAUCAAAAUGUCAGAAGAACACAGGCAAUGGAUGUUCAAAAACAUUCCUCUGGAAAAGAAGCCCACGUGGGACAAACGUCUGCCACCUCAGAUAUUUAAUGGCGACCGAUACUGUGAAAAUAAUGACUUUUUUUUUUUUGAAUCAAAAGAAACCAACACAGUCUUUUCAUUCUUAGGCCUAAAACCACGGUUGGCAUCAGAGGCAGAACCUUAG